AUGGCAGCAAUCUGGGUUCUCGGGGCUGCCGUCUUCGCCCAGGCACUUGUUGCAGCUCUCCCUACUACCGACACACCACGUGUGAGAUACGACCUCAACAUCACCUGGGCCGACGCCCCAAGCCACCAUGCUCUCUCGACGCGUGCCCAAAUCAGCGUGCCGCUGAGGAUCAUGCCGCUCGGGGACUCCAUCACCUGGGGCAGCCUGAGCAGCACCGGCAACGGCUACCGGGGCCCCCUCGAGGAGUUCCUUUCUGCCGCUGGGGUCGACGUCGACUUCAUCGGCACGCGCAAGCAUGGCUCGAUGGUUGACAACGACAACCAGGGCCACUCGGGCUCCUUCCUCGCUGAGAUUAAGGAAUACUCGUUGCUGUCGGUGGCGGCGCGGCCCAACAUUAUCCUCCUGCACGCCGGCACCAACGACAUGGAUCUCAACCGGGACGUCGCCACGGCUCCGAACCGUCUCGCGGCUAUCAUCGACCAGCUGCUGGACAAGUGCCCGGACGCCAGCAUCCUCGUCGCGCAAAUCAUCUUCUCCACCGACGCGGCCAUGCAGGCGCGCACCGACAAUUACAACGCCGCCAUCGCCGACCUCGCCCGCCGGUACCAGGAGCAGGGCCGCCACGUCAUGGCCGUCGACAUGACCAAGAUCCUCACGCAGACUGACCUCGCGGAUAAGAAGCACCCCAACGACUCCGGGUACCGCAAGAUGGCCUCCGCCUGGCGCGACGCGAUCCAAAAGGCCAACGACGCCGGGUGGAUCAAGAAGCCGGAGCCGUAUGAAGGCUUCGGCUUCGGCCUCGGCCUCGACGGCACCCCCAGCACCGGGAAGCUUUGCGAGGGCCCAAACUGGGUCAACCAGGGUACAGUCGCCGAUUUGAUCCGUGUGUGGGAUCCGGAGGGGCAGGUCGCCCCGGGGGUCGACGGCGCAACCCAGGAGACGGUCGUGUUUGGGGACGUGGAUGGCGACGGCCGCGAUGAUUACCUGGUUGUGUUUGGCGAUGGGUCCGUUAAAGCGUGGCGAAAUGCGGCCAACAUCCCUGCCGCCGGCAAGGAUCGAAACUGGGAACAACUCGGGACAAUCGCCACCGGAGUUGGCGAACCGGGGUCCAAGGUUCGGUUCGCCGACAUUGACGGCGAUGGCAGGGUUGAUUAUCUGAUUCUGUACGACGGCGGCGCGGUUAAAGCGUGGCGAAACUCGGGUAUCAUUGGGACGAGCAGCACAGGGCGCAAGUUUGAAGAGCUCGGCACCAUCGCCACCGGAGUCGGUGAGCCCGGGUCCAAGGUCCGGUUCGCGGAUGUCGAUGGUGACGGGCGGGCGGACUACCUGGUGCUGGCUGACGACGGAUCGAUACGCGCAUGGAGAAAUACUGGCAAUCUCAACAGGGUCGAGGGGAGUAGAAACUUUGAGGAGCUCGGCCAGAUUGCCGCUGGAGUAUCCGGGGUUCCGGGCUCCAAAGUCCGCCUGGCGGAUUACGACGGGGAUGGUCUCGCCGACUACCUGAUCUUGUACGACGGCGGAGCCGUUAGGGGUUACCGCAACACUGGCAAUCUCGGCAAGGACGGCUCGAAGCGCAACUUUGACGAAUUAGGCACGCUCGCGACCGGCGUUGCUGGCGUCUCGGGUGCAUCUGUCAGAUUCGCCGACUUGAACGGAGACGGCCGGGUAGAUUACGUGUCUGUCUCGGGUGUUGGGGCCGUCGAUGUGUGGUUGAACACUGGCCGCAACAAGGCCGCAGGAGCCGUUCGCUUCGCCGAUCUGAACGGUGACGGCCUCGACGACUUUCUGUUCGUGUCAGAUCGCGGAGCUUGUGACGCGUGGCUCAAUGCUGGAGGCAGCCCGCAGACCUGGACCUCGAUCGGCAAGGUCGCAACCGGAGUCGAUGGAGCGACGCCGGACAACGUGGUCUUUGCGGACCUCGACGGGGACCGUCUCGAUGAUUACAUUGUAAUCAACGCCGAUGGCUCGGCGAAAGGCUACCGAGGAACCGGAAACUUGAACGCAGCGUCCGGUAGAGUCUGGCAAGACUUGGGGGUCAUCGCGACGGGAGUUGGCGCUGCUGGGGACAAGGUUAGAUUUGCUGACAUCAACGGAGACGGAAUCGCCGACUAUCUGGUUGUCUGGGAUACCGGCGCAGUUGAUGCAUGGCUUGGGACUGGCGCAGUCUUGACCGACGCCAGGAAUUUCAAUAAGCUAGGCAGAAUCGCCGCCGGCGUAGGUGCACCGGGCAGCAAGGUUCGGUUCGCCGACGUUGACGGAGACGGGCUUGCCGACUACCUUGUGACUUGGGACGGCGGGUCAGUCGAAGCGUGGAGAAACAACGGUAAUCUGGAGAAGCAGCCCGAGCUGCCGAGCUGGGAGAAGCUCGGGGUUAUUGCGGCUGGUGUCAGCAAUCAAGGGCGUGUCGAGUUCGGGGAUCUAAACGGAGACAAGAAGGCAGACUAUCUCAAUGUCGACCGCGAAACAGCCGCUGUGCGCGCCUACAUCAACCAGUGUGCCGGCAGUACGGACCCAAACGUCGUGAACCCCGGGACCGGCGGAUCCAAAUCCCCCGAGUGGGAGACCAUCGAGUGCACAAACCCCGUCAUCGUAGACGCGGCCAUCAAUCCGACCACACGAUGGAACGGCGUCUUUGCACCGCAGGCGUGGGAGUGA